GAGGACUUUUGCAAAAAGGAAGCCCUCAUUUUGCAGGCACUCGUUUUUAGCCCAGUAUCUUGUGAUUUCUCUGAGUCCUAACUGAAGAUCCCGGAACAAAGAGCUCCUUUCGCACCAGUUCAAGCCACCUGGUCAGAUAUCCGGCUCGGCGAUAACCACUGGAGGCAUCAGCGAUCGCUCGUUCCUUACGAACAAACCGGCUCCACGAAAUUUGCACGUCCUUUCUGCACCUUUUCUUCCAGCUGGACUAGACAAGCAGUUGGGCCUACACAUCUUCGCAUAGCUACGAAUCUCAAGACCUCUGACAACGACUGUAACGAUCGCCACCUUUUACUUUAGCAGGCUUGAUAGCUCGAACUUAGGCCAGAUCGCAUUUUCGUACCGAAUUUAUUGCAGCACCUUUGCACUCAUCUUCCGUUCACAAUGAGUCUUGCUGAGGAGUUUAAAUCAAGAAACUUCAGCAUCUAUGGACAAUGGACCGGAGUUAUUUGCAUAAUACUCUCCUUUGCAAUUGGCCUUGCAAGUGUUUUCUCUCGUUUUAUUGUUUUCGGCAUUAUAUCCCUGGUUUACUCUCCGCUACUCCUUUUCAUCGAAGUUCCGUUCCUCCUUCGCAUCUGUCCCACGUCCUCAAAAUUUGAUGCCUUCAUUCGUCGCUUCACCACAAACUUUAUGCGCGCCGCUAUUUAUGCUGCUAUGAGUGGCGGCCUUUGGAUAAGUCUUGUCAUUGAUCCAUCGAGCUUAAUUGCUGUUGCUGUCUUUUUGGCAAUUGCUGGACUCUUCUAUCUUCUGGCGGCACUGAUGAAGCAAGAAUUUACGAGCAGUAAAACGCUUGGUGGCCAAGGGGUCGCUCAGAUGAUUGUCUAAUGCCGAUCCUGGAUGCUAAAUGCUACGCCUUUGUAUGAUGUACUCAAUAAAGAUUGGUGUCUAACAUAUGUGAGAUGGCACUGGAAGGUAGUGAUAGUUGCCCUACUGUUUAUUCCAGCAUACUUUUCUGGUUUUCAGGCUCUUGUUUGGGAUGGUUCUUUUCUCGUUUUGACUUGUUUUU